AUGGGUCAAAAGCGAGCACGCGAUCCCAAAGCCCAGGUGGCUGAGGCAAACAAACGCAAGAAGGCAGUCAAGUCCGACGCAGCUACAAACGACGAUUAUGGCACUCUUGGAGUUGAGGACCUCAACUGGAAGGAAGUUGCUAUGCCAGAUCGCAUGGAGGAUGCAGAGGGUUUCUUUGGACUGGAAGAGAUUGAGGGUGUGGAUAUCAUUAAACAGAGUGACGGAGGUGUUCAUUUCAAGGCCAAGUCUGGCAAGCCAACAAAAUCGAUUAUCAAACCCCCGUCUGAAGAUGACGGAGAGGAAUGGGGUGGUUUUAGCGACGAGGACUCGUCCAAAAAGUCUACUACCACCGAGAAGGCUCCUGCUGCAACCGAAGUGAAGGAAGUGAAGGAAGAUAAGAAGUCGAAGAAGGACAAGAAGAAGGAGCAAAACAAAGCCAAGAAAGAAGAGCAAAAGUCCAAGGAACAAAAGCCUAAGGAGCAAAAGUCCAAGGAGUCCAAACCUGCUCAAAACCAGAACAUCAAGGCCGGGCUCUCAUUCGCGGCUCUCGAUGAUGUCGAGGAGGAUGACGGCGUGGACGUGUCGGCUUGGGAUGGGCUUAAUCUUUCGCCCGAGACCUUUACGGCUCUUUCUAAAAUGAAGUUCAGCUCCCCAUCGGCCAUUCAAAAGGCCAGUAUUCCUGCCAUUCUCGAUGGCCACGAUGUUGUUGGAAAGGCCUCCACAGGUUCCGGUAAAACAUUGGCAUUCGGUAUUCCGAUUAUUGAGCAUUACUUGGACAAGAGAGGGAAACACGGAGAACAGUCUGACGAGUCUGAAAAGAACAAAUCCCCGAUUGCAUUGAUUCUUUCUCCCACUCGAGAACUAGCGCAUCAGCUUGGAAAGCACAUUGGAGAGCUCAUUGCCAAUUCCCCUGAUACCAACGCACGAAUCGCUCUUGUGACCGGUGGUAUGUCUAUUCAGAAGCAGCAGAGACAGCUUGCAACGGCGGAUAUUGUUGUUGGAACCCCUGGACGUGUGUGGGAGAUUCUGAGCACGGGAACGGGAUUGAUCCGCAAAAUGCAAAAAAUCCAGUUCCUGGUCGUCGAUGAGGCGGACAGACUGCUGAGUGAAGGGCAUUUCAAGGAGGUCGAGGAUAUCCUUAAUGCACUAGACAAACACCAGGCCGGAGAUAUUGCAGACGCAGAACAGGAAGAGGAGGAGGAGGAGGCGCCAUCUCACAGGCAGACUCUUGUCUUCUCGGCCACAUUCCACAAGGAUCUUCAACAAAAGCUAGCAGGCAAAAGCCGCUGGUCAAGUGGUGAUAUGUUGGACAACAAAGCUUCUAUGGAGUACCUUCUCAAGAAACUGAAUUUCCGCGAAGAGAAGCCCAAGUUCAUCGAUGUGAACCCGGAGUCACAGAUGGCGAUCGGACUCAAGGAAGGAAUCGUUGAAUGCCCUGCUAUGGAAAAGGACCUCUAUCUCUACUCAGUGCUUCUCUACUAUCCCAAGAACCGCACAAUUGUGUUCACAAACUCCAUCUCCGCUGUCCGCCGCAUUACUCAGCUUUUGCAAGCUCUUCAACUUCCUGUGUUCGCACUCCACUCAAACAUGGCCCAGAAAGCCCGACUCCGUUCCAUCGAACGUUUCUCAUCUCCUACUGCCAACCCAAGCUCAAUUCUUGUCGCCACUGACGUCGCCGCUCGUGGUUUGGAUAUCAAGGGCAUUAAUUGCGUCAUCCACUACCACGUUCCCCGCACAGCAGACGCCUACGUUCACCGAUCCGGUCGUACUGCCCGUGCCGGUGAGUCCGGAAAGAGUAUCCUCAUCUGUGCUCCUGACGAGGUUGUCGGUGUUGCCCGUCUCGCUGGCAAGAUCCAUGCCAAGAAGGCGAAGAAGGCCGAUGACCCCGAGGGACCUAGCAAGAAGGUUCCUCUCGAGUCUCUCGACAUUGAUCGCCGAGUGGUUUCUCGCCUCCGCCCCCGCAUGGCUCUCGCCAAGCGAAUUACCGACUCCACUAUCGCUAAGGAGAAGGUCAACACCGAGGACAACUGGCUCCGCGCUGCGGCCGACGAUCUCGGUGUUGAGUAUGACAGUGACGAGUUCGAUCAGUCUAAGGGUAGAGGCCGUGGUCGCGGUGGUGGCCGCGAAAGACGUGACAAGGAGGCUAGCGAAUUGAGCAAGAGCGAGAUGGCCGGGCUUCGUGCGGAGCUCAAGCAACACCUUUCCCACCGAGUGAACAUCGGUGUCAGUGAGAAGUAUCUUACAGCCGGUCGCAUUGACAUCGAUGCUCUCCUUCGUGGUGAGGGCAACGACGCGUUCCUGGGCCACCUUGACCCUCUGACUUUCUAA